UUUGAUAUCUGAAAAUCAAAAUGGAAUUUUGAUACACGUGUGCCCUAAACCCCUCACAUCGCGAUAAACCCUUGCCUUGCACCUUCCUCCGUAAGCUGCACCCAAAUUUGUGGUUCUUCAUCAAAUCUAGUUCACACUUCACUGACGGAGAAAAAGAGAGAGGAUGGGAAGGUCGCGAAGAAAGUACAAGCAAUCUCGUACGAAGGUUAGAAUAGGGUUGCCGAAGAAGAAACCGCGGGUUUUCAAGCCGGCGUUUUCCGUUCCAUCGAAGCUGGCAGAGUCAGUGGCAGACCUCGACCCCACCUGGGACGACCAGGGAACUGUAACUCAGAACUACAAGUCCUUCGGUGUCGUCUCCAACCCUAAUUUGCUCAGCACCGAAUAUCGCACUCCCCAACUCGUCGACACCGAGUCGCUUCAGGAUCCACCUCCCCCCGGCGACGACUACUCCGCCCUUGACGAUUCCGGCAGUGACCUCGAAGAAGACGAUUUGAAGUCAGCUCUAGGAAAGAAGAGGAGAGAUGGUAGGGGUGCUCUUCCUCAACCUUUGACUGCGAUUCAGCGCGUUCAUAUCAGCCGGCUGGUUGAUAAAUAUGGAGAUGAUUACAAGAGUAUGCUCAUGGAUAUAAAGCUAAACCCCAUGCAGCAUUCAGUUGCAACUUUAGAGAAGCUAUGCAAGAGGUAUCAUAUGCAUAAAAACAAGAAUCCCCUUAUUUUGAGCAAGUGAAAUAUGCCAUACUGAAGGUUGUAAUUUUGAUCUAUGGAUGUUGGUAAUUUUGCGACACUGAGGAUGUAUUUUUCAUCUUUUACAUUACAUGUACUUACUGACACACUUCGAAACGAAACAAGUUUGAUCAUUAGGAAAUCCUGUUACUGCUUGCAAAUUUAUUCAUGGUAUAUGGGUGUAAAAGUUGCUUUAAAAC